UGCCCACGCCCCGUGCACACCCCUCUACUCUCCUGCCCUUGCUAGGAAGGAGGAGAUGGCUGAAGAAGGGCAGGGGGGUCUUGAACUGAGACACGCCGCAGAAGGACACCCGGAUCAAAGAGAGGCGGAACAAUCCUUCGCCACAUCAUCAACGGGGGCGUCAACGGCAUUGAGAGAGCGGCUGCUGGGAUGCCGGAGACUGCUCUGGCUGGCUGGUGUGGUGGGAGUGCUGUUGAUCGGGAUGGACGCCCUGCUGAAGGGCCGGUGUCCCGGAGGGGAUGGAAAGGAUCCACCACCGCUUGUCGUCGUUGGGGAGGAAAGGUAUCCAGCCCUUGUCGUCGACUGCGCGAACGUCGAAACCGACCUCGGCUUGCCGCCGUGCUACUCGAGCACGUCCGCUGAUCCUUCCCAAGGGAGAUGGAACGAGUGCGCGGGAGGCAUGGACGCGUCGCCGACGAACACGGGGAGCGGCCCAUUUAUUACCGGUCGAACUGCGAAAGGGUGUGGCAAAAGAUGGUCAGCAGAGCAUGAGGGCGAAGAGCCCGUCCCCCCCAUGCCGUACUGGAAGUGGGAGCCUUCGGCGUGCCGGCUGGAGGAGGUGGACGAAGCCAAGUUCUGCCGCGUUAUGAAGGGGAGGAAGGGUUUGCUGUUCGCAGGGGACAGCCUGACGGGUGAGAUGAUCGAUACUCUAAGGGCGGUCUUGCGCGCGACGCGCGUCAAGCACGUUCACCUGAAGAUGGACACGUACACAGCCUGCGACGGAGAGCUGACGCUGUCGUGGUACCGCAACGACUUCCUCGACACGCGAUUGGACGGCUUCGACACGCCGCGGUGCGAGGAGCCCGACAUAAGCAUCUCGCAGUGCAUGGUCUUUGCAGAUGAUGCUACCUUGAGCCAGUAUGACACCCUCCUCGUCAACGCUGGGGCACACCGUCAAUUGGGGGGGGUGGAGGCGUACGGGUCGAUGAUAAAGACCGCUGGCGAGAGCCUGACCGCGUCGAUGAGACGGUUACACGGGGAUAACGCCAUCUUGGUGGUCAGGAACACCGUCCCGGGUCACGGCGAGAGCUUCGAUAGGAUGUUCACCGGGCCUGUUAAUUUAGACACGGCCCUCGACCUCGUCGAGAAAGGCCCUCCGGAGUUCGAGUGGACGACGAUAUUAGAUAAGAACACGCUCCUGGAGGAAGCUUUCGAGGCCACGCAUGGCUGGACACUGCUGGAUGCCUACUCGCCGACAAUCCUGAGGGCAGACUCCCACGCCUCGGCAACAGAUGGCCUGCACUACUGCUUGCCUGGGCCUAUCGACCACUGGGUGGUUCUGUUGUACAAUAUUCUCCUUGAGAAAGUGAAGAGUGACACAUAGAUUUGAACCUUUUUUGCUUUACUAUGUUUGGUGUGUUGCUGUUGGUGCUCUCUUCGCAAUAAGAGCGUUCUGGUUUGUUUCCGCUAUACCCCCUUCGUCCCUGCUCUUUGGAGGCAGGGAAAAUAGAUUCCUUUUAUUCGCAUCCUGACCUUACGGGUGGUUUUUGCCUAGUCACGACGUGACCAGUUGUUGCGCUCUGGUUUGUUUCCGCUACCCCCUUCGCCAUUGCUCUUUGGAGGCAGGGAAAAUAGAUUUCUUGUUUUUAUUUUCUUUUUUUUAUUCGCAGCGAUGGGUCGCUUCUACUCAGUCAAGACUUUACCCAUCGUGAGUCAUUGGUACGCUCAUGUCCGAGUAGAAAAUGGCAAAGUUUCACCGCUGGCGGUGGAGAAGCGAUAGCAAGCGCCGUUUUGCUUGUUAUUUUGUCUAGCUAUUGAGUUUUAGUCUAGCUAAGGUCUUGCAAUUGUUUUUCCCACGGCAACCAUCCGCUGACGCCUUCAACGGCGUGGUGCGGCCGAGCGCGGCGAGUGGUAAACGGCCGUUGUCAUUAUUUUUGCUUAUUGCUGCUGUGAGAGAUACUUCGUACUGUUUCCUGGUCAUGUAUUAUUGUAGGCAUGGUCUUGGGUGCCGACAUGAUUUGUUCCAUAAUUUACCCCCCCCCCCCCCCCCCCUUU